CACAUGAAUCUGACUGCAGGGAGCCACAGAAUUCCUCUCAGUGAUGGGAACCAUAUUCCACUGCUGGGACUGGGCACCUACGGGGACCCUUGGACGACACCCAAAGGCACGGCACUUGAGUGUGUCAAGCUGGCGAUAGAUGUGGGUUACAGGCACUUCGAUGGGGCUUUGGUGUAUUUCAAUGAGCACGAAGUGGGUCAAGCCAUUAGAGAGAAGAUUGCUGAUGGGACAGUGAGGAGAGAGGACAUCUUUUACUGCGGAAAGCUGUGGAACACCUUCCACCCUCCAGAACUGGUGAGACCGGCCUUGGAGAGGACGCUGAAAGCCUUAAGGCUGGACUAUGUGGAUCUUUACAUCGUUGAGCUUCCUAUGGCCUUCAAGCCUGGAAAUGAGUUCUAUCCAAAAGACCGGGAUGGAAAAUACAUCUACCACCACACAGACCUCUGUGCAACGUGGGAGGCUCUGGAGGCAUGCAAAGACGCGGGGCUGGUUAAAUCUCUGGGAGUCUCCAAUUUCAACCGCAGACAGCUGGAGCUGCUGCUGAACAAGCCCGGCCUCAAACACAAACCUGUAUCCAACCAGGUUGAAUGCCACCCGUAUUUUACACAACCCAAGCUUCUGGAGUAUUGUCGUCAGAACGACAUUGUGAUUGUUGGCUACUGCCCAAUUGGCUCCUCCAGAGAUGCAUCCUGGGUGAAUUUGAAAUGUCCUCCCCUGCUGGAGGACGAGCUCCUCGUGUCCAUUGGGAAAAAGUACAGUAAGAGCAGCGCCCAGGUGGCUCUGCGCUUCAACGUCCAGAGAGGAGCCGUAGUGAUCCCCAAGAGCUUCAGCCCCGAGAGGAUCAAACACAACUUCCAGAUAUUUGAUUUUUCUCUCACUGAGGAAGAAAUGAAAGCCAUUGAAGCGCUGAACAAGAAUAUUCGUUUUGUGGAGCUGCUAAUGUGGAGUGACCAUCCAGAGUACCCAUUUCAUGAUGAAUAUUAA